AUGAAUAUAUUAUCUUUUAUUGUAUAUUAUAAUGGUGAAAUAAAUAGAAUUUAUUUUAAUAUGGGUCAAAAAAAUUCAUUUCCUAUGAAAGUUAGUACCAUAGAAUUUUUAAAUAGAUUAUCAAACGAACCAAUUUUGGAAAUUUCAAAUGAGACCACAAAUAUUCUAAAGCUUUCAAUUAAUUCACUAGAAUCAAAUAAUAAUUUAAUAGAUCUUUCAAAAUUAACUUUGAACUCAAUAAUAACUUUAAAUUAA